UGCGUAACAUUCACGCGACGGGAAUGCCUGUUUUCCAAAAUAUGCACAUUUUUCUAGUCACCGAAUUAAGUUCAUUUAAUAUUUGAAUUUGCUUAGAGGAAUAAUAUUUUUUGAAUGAGCAAAGGUUUGUUCGACUCAUAGUGGUGAUAACUAUAUCUUAAAUAAAAAAGCACGAACGCUAACACCGUAAAUACACAGUCAGUGUAGCCUAGCUUAUAUUUGAUUCAAUAAUUAUAAACUUUGCUACGUUGAAGACAUGAAAAAGCGAGAGGGUGAAGGAUACUCAAAGAAAAAUCUUGAUGCUGCACUGCAGCGUGAUGUGAGCGCCAACCCCUCCUCACCUGUCGUCGCUGCCUUCAGAGUUUUCCAGCUGGAGCUCGACGCCAAACACGACAAAUACGAGAGGCUGGUUAAGAUCAGUCGGGACGUCACCAUUGAGAGCAAGAGGACCAUUUUCCUCCUGCACAGAGUAACCAACGUACCCAACGCAGAGGAAGUUCUGAAYGAGGCGGAAGGAAAACUGGACGCAGUCCGACAGAAGAUUGGUCAAAUCGCCGAAGAGCUGAGAGGAGAAGACAUUUACCAGUUUCACAGAGCUUUUACUCCAGGAAUCCAGGAGUAUGUGGAGGCAGCCUCCUUCCUGCACUACAUCCGUCACCGCAGCCUCAUCAGCCUGGAGGAGAUCAACGCCAGGCUGGUGUUUAUGAGGACAGAGAGGGCGGAGCUGAAGGGCUCGGUUGAAGCCGAGCCACCGGGAGCGUACGUCCUGACCUUCCAGGUGACGCCGUCCGACUACCUGCUGGGCGUGGCCGACCUGACGGGCGAGCUGAUGCGGAUGUGCAUCAGCAGCGUGGGCAACGGCGACAUCGACACGCCCUUCCAGCUGAGCCAGUUCCUGCGUCAGAUCUACGACGGCUUCUCCUUCAUCGGCAACACGGGCCCGUACGAGGUGUCCAAGAAGCUGCACACGCUGCGGCAGAGCCUGGGCAAGGUGGAGGACGCCUGCUACACGCUGCGCGUCCGCGGCUCCGAGAUCCCCAAACACAUGCUGGCCGACCUGUUCUGCAGCCGGACCGCUCACGUGGACCCGGAGGAGGGCUUGGUUUAACUCCCUUCGGUUCCAUUUAAACAGAUAUUUUGGGCCUGUUCUCGUUCAGUUGGUUGUUUAUCCAGAGAAAUGUUUUAAUAAAACAAGUUUUAGUUCUGCUGUCUUCAGUUGUUUUGCAUGAAUAAAGGUUUUGUUGUUUAAA